AUGAAGCAUCAUCUGAUGGUCGGUACCUGGACCCCUCCAGGCCGCAUCUACACCGUCGCCUUUGACGAUGAAGCUCUCACGCUCGAAUUGGUCAAGAAGACCGACAUUCCCGAGGCUGAACCCAUCUCCUGGAUGACUUUUUCUGUACUUCUAUAUCACGACAAGAAAACCAUCUAUGGCGCCGCCAUGAAGAAAUGGAACAGCUUCAAGGUCAACAGCCCGACCGACAUCGUUCAUCAGGCCUCGCACGAUGUCGCCGGUCAUGAAUUGGCCGCCUCCCCGGAGACCAACACCCGCGCCAUCUUCGUUCUGGCCGCCCGGCAACCCCCCUACAACGUCUACGGCAACCCUUUCUACAAGUACGCCGGCUAUGGCAACGUCUUCUCUGUCGACGCCGAGGGCGCCCUCGCCCAAAACAUCCAGAACUACGAGUACGCCCCCAACACCGGCAUCCACGGCAUGGUCUUCGACCCCACCGAAACCUACCUGUACUCGGCCGACCUGCAGGCCAACAAGAUCUGGACGCACCAGAAGGACGCCACCACGGGCCAGUUGAGCCUGGUGGACUGCAUCGACGCGCCGCACCCGGACGACCAUCCGCGCUGGGUGGAGAUGCACCCGAGCGGCAAGUACCUGUACGUGCUGAACGAGGCGGGCAACAACCUGGCCAUCUACGUGAUCGACGAGCGCACGCACAAGCCCGUCUACACCCACAUCAAGUACCCGUUACUGCCGCCGGGCCUGCCGCCGCGCAACAAGUACCGCGGCGACGUGACCUUCACCACGCGCAACGGCCAGUACCUCUUCGCCACCACGCGCAGCAACCACUUUGACGUGACGGGCUACAUCACGGCGUUCAAGCUGGGACCGCAUGGCAACAUCGAGCGGCAGCUGUGGAUCCACCCGACGUCGACCAGCGGCGGACACUCCAACGCGGUCAGCCCGUGCGACUUUAGCGACGAGUGGUUGGCGCUGUGCGAUGACCAGCUGGGGUUUGUGGAGAUUUAUCGGUUCCGCGAGGAGAACCUGGCGCGAGUGGCGCGGGUAGACAUUCCGGAGCAGGGAUUUGGCAUGAACGCUAUUUGGUAUGAUUAA